AUGCUGCGAGAUGACCGCUUCUCUACCAGAGCCAAAGUUGAUAGAUAUGGUCGGCGGCUUCCUAAAGAGAAGGUUGGCAGGAAUAGAGAUCUAGAGCGUUUCUACAGGGCUCAAGGAAAGCUGAAGCCAUCACAACAACGAUUAGAAAUAGAGAGCGUAACUUCAGAAGAAGAGAAGUCGUCUUCAAGUGACGAUGAUGUUACGUCAUCUUCUGAAGAUGAAGGAAGCCUAGAUAAUGAAGAGGAAGAAAUCUUCGGUAUCUUACAACAACAAGAUGCACAAGGGAAUGAUCAGAUACCUGAUGGCGAGAUAUCAAGGCGUCUGGCGGUCGUGAAUCUGGACUGGGACAAUGUGCGCGCCGCGGACCUCAUGGCUGUCUUGAACAGCUUCAUUCCUAGCGGUCGCGGCAGAAUUGAGCGGGUUUCAAUCUAUCCCAGCGAAUUUGGUAAAGAGAGGAUGGAGAGGGAGGAAACGGAAGGUCCACCAAAGGAAAUCUUUAGCAAUCAAAAGCAGGCCGACAAGCAACUCGAAGAGGCUUCUAGCGAACUGGAAGUUUCAGAUGACAAGGACGAAGAUCUAGAGGAAGGUUCUGUAGAGGACGAAGGAGAAGGAGACGAGGAGAUUAAAGAGUCUUUGCUUCAAGAGGAUUCAGGAAAAGAUUUCAAUUCAGCGCAUCUCCGUCGCUAUCAGCUUGAGCGCCUUCGUUACUAUUAUGCUGUCAUAAAGUGCUCAUCCGCUGAUGUUGCGCAAACGAUUUACGAGGCUGUAGAUGGAACAGAGUAUCUCAGUACAGCAAACUUCUUCGACCUGCGCUAUAUUUCCGACGAGACUGAUUUCUCCGAGGACAGACCCCGUGAUGAGUGUAAACGCGUGCCAGACGGCUAUAAGCCAACAGAAUUUGUCACGGAUGCUCUACAACAUAGCAAAGUAAGACUGACCUGGGAUGCGGAUGAUACAGAGAGGAAAGAAGCGCAAAAGCGAGCUUUCACUGGUGGUAAGAAGAACGUCGACGAUAAUGAUCUGAAAGCGUAUCUUGGGAGUGACACUUCCGAGGACGAGGAGCCGGCUCUGGUAGAAUUCGAGACUAAGAAUUCUUUUUCUGUAGAAAGAUCUAACGAGCUUGAAGCUGAGAAAACUGCUCAGCCAAAGUUAUCAAAGAAAGAAACAGAGCGUCGUAAGAUGAGAGCACUUUUAGGGCUACCUUCAGAGCCAGCAUCUGCAAAAGCCCAUGACAACAGCGAGGUUAGUGACAUGCAAGUCACUUUCACAUCCGGAUUGAGUUCGGACAAGAAGGGUUCCGUUUUCGAGAACACGCCCGAAGAAGCGCAGGAGACCACAGUCGAAAAAUAUAUCCGGAGAGAAAAGGAGCGGAAGGCACGGCGGAAGGACAAAAUGAAAUCAAAGCGGACUGACCCCGACGUAGCUGUCUCUGAUGACGAUCAAGACUCAGACGCUGUAGACACAGGAAAAGCUCGUCGCCAGAAUGAUGCAAGCAAUGAAGCAAACGAGGACUUGGGAUUCGACGACCCUUUCUUCACAAAUGAAACCCGCCCUCCCGCAAAGAUUGAUACAAAAAAGUCAAAGAAAAAGAGAAACAACGACUCACGGUCCCUCUCACCACCUCCUCAAACCCCACUUGAUAAUUUCGACACCCCCAAUAAUAACGAUGACGACAACGAAAAUCACUUCUCCCUCCCCCUCCUAAACCGUGCUCAGAAACUGACCUCCAACCCUAACUCCAAGUCCAAAAAACGCAAACUGAAACACCAUCUCAGUGACCGCGACCGCGCCGCCCUCGCCGCCCAGCAGAAGGAUACAUUCGAGAUCAAUGUUGAAGAUGAAAGAUUUAGGGGAAUCUUUGAGAGGCCGGAGUUUGCCGUUGAUCCGAGCCAUUCGAGGUUUAUGGGGACGGAGGGGAUGGGAAAGGUUUUGGAGAAGGUGAGGAAGGGGAGAGAGGAUGUUGGUAGGGAUGACGGUACGGGAAGAGAUAGGGAGAGGGGCGAAGGGGGGGCAAAGGGGGAUAAGAGGAACAGAGGUGGGAAAGGAGAUAGGGGUGAGAACGGGGUCGGUGAGGGCGAGAUUGAAAGGUUGGUGAAAAGGGUCAAGGGUCACUCGUCUGGGAAGUAG